UUGAAAUAUGCCUCUCCUCCAUCAGCCUCCAGGUGCUUCUGCGGAAGUCAGCCAGGUAGCCAGACUUACAAGGGCUUCCUCUGCUCCUCACUUUUAGAAAGGAAAGGCUAGUGGGGCCCCGGGAAGGAGCCAGGCAGAUUGCCUUGGGAGAUUGAAGGUGCUGACAGGCAGCUGCUCCUGGCAUCUGCGUCACCUUGGCAGCCUGUCCAAACCAGGAGGGAAUUCUCCUUUCUGCUCUUCUGGGUGGGGAGAGGAUGCCUCCCUAUGAAUGGUGCUCAAGUCUGAACUCCUGGGAGGUUGCUGUUUUGGAUCGGCUCUUGGGGUGAUGCUGUGUGGCUGUGCAAAGCCUGGGAACACGGGGGCAUUAGGACCAGGAGCGAGACGCACACUUGGCUUCCGUCGUAUCUGGCAGAGGGUUCCUGCAGAGCUGGAGGUAUGUGUGAAAGGAAACCCGGACAGUGCCUGCCGGCUUUACAUCUGUUGCUCUGACCUGACUCAAGGCAUCCCAAGGAAGGUGUCUGUCAUCUUGGCUUGACUGAAUCCCCCAGCAACUCGCCCCAGACAGCUUGUAGAACCUGACCACUCAUGCAGAGAGGGAAAGAACAUGGGCUAAUCACCAGAGCAGGAUGGACAAGAGCAGGGUGAGAGGGGAGCCAACAACUGGAGACCCUUCUCAGAAGACAGCUAACACUCAGAGAGGACCCAGGACCCCAGGCUCUGGUGGCUUUCUGAUUCUAGAGGGCAGCGGGUCUUAUAAAUGCUACGUUGGCAUAUAGACGUUAGCAAACGUCUGGUGGGAUAAAAGGUGCAGGUGGAUGGCAAAAAGCCUUUUAGCUGGAAUGAACAGCCCAGGUUCGGUUUCAAGCUUGAAGGUACCUGGAUAGCAAGGAGGAAGCAAACUUAAUCAGGACCUGUUGCUUCGGGAGAGUGGCUGCGACAUGCUCCCGAGGAAGCGACCCAGGAGUGGACGUUCCAGGCUUCAGUUCCUCCUACUCUUCCUGACUCUGGGAUGUGUCCUGAUGAUGGUGAUCCUGCUGCAUCCUCCCCCGCCCACCCUGCACCAGGCUGUCACAGUCCAGGCCAGCAAACACAGCCCUGACACGGGGUACCGCCUGGACUUUGGGGACUCUCAGGAGUGGGUUCUGGAGGCUGAGACUGAGGGUGAUGAGUACAGUCUCUUGGAUGGCCUGCCAUCCUUCAUCUCCCUGCAGGAGGAUCAACUGCUGGUGGCCGUGGCCUCACCCAGAGCUAGGAGGAGUCAGAGCCAGGGCAGGAGCCAGGGCAGCUACCAGUUCAUCAAACACAGGAGCAGGAGAUGGGAUGAGGAAGCCCUGGAAAAGGACUGGAGGACUGAAGAGGAUGUGGAGGAAUCAGAAGAGGUGCUGACCCCACUUGGCCCGGACUCAGAUGGCCUCAACAAGCCACUCAGUGCCCGCCUGCCCCUGAGGAGAGUCCUGCCCGAGGUGCGACACCCACUGUGUCUGCAGCAGCACCCUACAAGUGGCCUGCCUACAGCCAGCGUCAUCCUCUGUUUCCAUGACGAGGCCUGGCCCACGCUCUUGAGAACUGUCCACAGCAUCCUGGACACAGCACCCAGGGCCCUGCUGCAGGAGAUCAUCCUUGUAGAUGACCUCAGCCAGCAAGAACUGCUGAAGUCUGCUCUCAGUGAAUACGUGGCCAGGCUGGAGGCUGUGAAGUUGCUCAGGAGCAAUAGGAGGCUCGGCACCAUCGGAGCCCGGAUGCUGGGGGCCACCAGAGCCACAGGGGACGUGCUGGUCUUCAUGGAUGCCCACUGUGAGUGCCACCCUGGUUGGCUGGAGCCCCUCCUCAGCAGAAUAGCUGAUGACAGGAGCCGAGUGGUGUCUCCAGUCAUAGACGUGAUUGACGGGAAGACGCUUCAGUACUCCGCAUCCAAGCUGCAUCGAGGGACGCUGGACUGGAAGCUGGAUUUCCGAUGGGAGCCCCUGGGGGAGCAGGAGCAGAAGGGCCUCCCAUCCCCCAUCAGCCCUGUCAGGAGCCCUGUGGUACCCCGAGAGGUGGUGGCCGUGGACAGACAUUACUUCCAAAACACCGGAGCAUAUGAUCCCCUUCUGUCACUGGGGGAUAGUGAAAAUCUCGAGAUGUCUUUCAAGGCCUGGCUCUGCGGUGGCUCUGUUGAAAUCCUUCCCUGCUCUCGAGUGGGACACAUCUACCGAAGCCAAGAUGCCAGCUCUGGGCCUGACCCCGAGGUUGCCUUGAAGAACAAGAUCAUCAUUGCUGAGACCUGGCUAUCAUCCUUCAAGGAAACCUUCUACAGGCACAUCCCAGAGGCCUUCACCCUGAGCAAGGUUGCAAAGCCAGACUGUACAGAGCGCCUGAAGCUGCAAAGGAGGCUGGGAUGCCGGACAUUCCACUGGUUUCUGGCCAAUGUCUACCCUGAGCUGUACCCAUCUGAUCACAGGCCCAGGUUCUCUGGAAAGCUCCACAACACUGGAUUUGGCCUCUGUGCAGACUGCCAAGCAGAAGGUGACAUCCUGGGCUGCCCCAUGACACUGGCUCCUUGCAGUAACAACCGGCAGCAACAGAACCUAGAGCACACCGGCAGGAAGGAGAUUCUCUUCAGCAGCCCACAGCGCCUGUGCUUCGAUGUCAGAGGAGGGCGGGUGAUUCUGCAGAACUGCACAGAGGAAGGCCCCGCUAUCCAUCAGCAGCACUGGGACUUCCAGGAGGAUGGAAUGAUCAUCCACGUUCUUUCUGGAAAAUGCAUGGACGCUGGGGUCCAGCCAAGCAAUAAGGACUUGUACUUGCGUCAAUGUGAUGGUAAGACCAGCCAGCUGUGGCGGUUCAACCAGAUCCACCCUGUGGAUGAACGGUGAACGACCUUGACAGAGAGCAAAGAAAGGCUGGGCAUCACAUUCUCUGCUCCUUUAUGCCCUGAGCCAGCCCCUAGUGUCUGGGCUUCUGGAGUAGAAGAGAAGAGAGUACUGUCAAAACAAACAAACAACAAAAACAAAAGCACAGAAGCUCUCUCCAGGUACCUUACCACAUUGAUUGUAGACUGGUUUUUGUUGUUUGGUAUGGUUUCUCGAGACAGGGUUCUCUGUGUAGCCCUGGCUGUCCUGAAACUCACUGUGUAGACUCGGCUAGCUUCAAACUCAUAGCAAUCCACCUGCCUCUGCCUCCCCAGUGCUGGGACUAAGAGAGCCACCACCACCUGGCUAUGUUGGCUGGGUUUUGUUUUGUUGUUUUUUUUUUUUUAAGAUGAAAAACAAUGGAUUGUUCAGUGUCUUCAUCUCCAGAAGUGAUCAUUAUGAGGAAAGAAAAGUCUUCCCCGCCCCCUCCCCACACCCUGCCCACACUGAGCACUUAACAUUUGCUUUUAUCCCUGACUGUGCGAAGAGGCUCCUGCAUUGUCUGGCAGCACUUCUGGGAGACAUCAAAUCCAGUAGGUGAAUUUCCCGUAGCCCUUACUCGGAGAGUGGAUGUGUCCAGUCGUGGAAGUUAGCAUGAGGGCCAUGCUAUGGCCUGGCAGUCCCCACCUUAUGACUCUGCUCACUAGCAUACAUUUCAUGUCCAUUCGUUGACCCCAAGCUCAAAAGGAAGCAGAGGGGGACAGGGAGGAAUGGGGUGGGGCUGGGAAGAAGACAUCAGAGAGAUUUGGUCCAACCGUCCAGCUCAGCACUGCCCACUGAAGAGUCAGCAGACCUGGUUAAGGUGUUCUCAUCUUCAGGACAGCCUCCUCAAGACUUUCUACCUCCAUUCAGCUGCUCUAGCUCUUUUAUAGAUCACAACCAGAUUUCCCUGCAAUGUAUUCUUUCUUGGAUCACCAGUGCUGGAAGGGUCAACACAUCUGAGCAUGCUCAUGAACAAAGGUAUUACAGGAGACAAAGUCUUUUAAUGCCCGCUUAGGAGAGUCGUGUUGGCUUGAUGAGAAAUAAAACUUUUGAAAGAGAGAAACCCAAAAUCUUUACAAGGCAAAAUAGAUCUGGCUAAUAAAUGUCCCUGAGGUUUGACUGGCUACCUAUGAGCCCAUAACAAUUGUUCAAGACCCCCUAAAUGUGGCUUCCAGUUAAAUGUUCACAUGGCUGAAAGAACUCCACCUCAACCAGAGAAGAACCUAGGCUCAACCACGGGAGUUGCUGAGUGGGGUAGGAUGCUGCUGAGAAAAAAACUCUUGCCCAUUUCUUUCUGAAUGGAAAUAGCUUUCUAUCUGGUAAGCUUAGAAACUUCCCACUCAAGAUGUCUUUGUCCUCUGGGCUGUCUCUAAAUACAGUUGUUUCAAAUAAGAACUGGAGAAGACAUGUGGGUGACAUGAGAAAUAUGUUACUUCUCCAACUUUCAAGUCAAUGCCUGAUGUUUCUCUAGCCUUAGAGGCACUCCGGAUUAACACUAUCUAAUAUCAUGGACACAACCCCAGUGUGGCCAUUUUGUUGGAAAUUCACCACAAUUCUGGAAAUUUUCAAAUUGUCCCUUGAUUGUACUGGUUCUUUACAGCCAUUGUACUGUGGCAAAUGGCUACUGAACCUGAGAACACAGUUAUAAAAUAGCCAACCAUCACAAACAGUAGCCCUGAAUAGCACUAGAUAGAUUCAGCCCCUAUUUAGGGAAGAGAUUUUUAGCCACCAUCUUCUUGCUUCAGACUGGUCUAUAUUUAAAACAAACUCUUCUGACAUGAUGAGGCUGGGAUGGAGCUAAAAUUUUUCAGAUGACAACCUUGUAAAGGGCAGUAAUGGCUGAAGAGUAUUUUUCAAGAUCUUUAUUUUGAAAUGAACGCUAUUAUUAGCAUUGUGAGUAGCUGAAGUUGUUGGGAUAAAUUAAUAUAGCUAAAUGAAAGACUACAUUGUGUUGUGUGUGUUCUGGUGAUUAACAAACGGACCCAGAUGGCUCACUGCUUAAUUGUUUUAACAAAACAAGAAUGUGCUAUUUGUUGCUCCUUAACUGUCCCCAUGAUUUAUUAUUUUAUUACAGAAAUGGCCAUCACCUCAGUCCCUGGCUGGUACUUACAAACCCCUAAUUUAAACAGUACAGACACUUCUACUUGCUUCUGAAAAGCAAUCCCCUUACGGUGUAACUAGUGUAGUGGAUUCUUAUCAGUGGUCCGUUUAGAAGAAGAGAAACUUGGCAGUGAAUUGAUAGGAUUCCUGAUUUGAUUUUGCUUGUCUGUCUGAAUUUUAUGACUCUUCAAAACAGGAGUUGUUUUUGUGAUCUGUCUCACAAAGCCCACCCCCAUUAUUAAGGAUCCUGUUGGAGUGGGCGGAGAGAAACAAGCACCAGAUGACUCCGGGCCGUACUCUAUUUGCUGUGACAACAGAUGUCAAUCCAGAAGGGCCAUGAUGUGGUCCUCUUCUGCCUCGAGGUCAUAAACCUGUAGCAAAGUCAGAGUUCCAAUUUCCAUGUACAUCUGGAAGGUCCCAGCACCUAUCAUGGUGCUGCCUCAGACCAGGACGCAACAGCUCUAAGGUUAUAUUGCCACACUUGCCUUGAAGGAGCUCCAUUUUCAACUGACGUGCCAUGAGGACGCUAGUUGAACACGAAAUGACUCACCAAAUCCAGAAAUGCAAACUGACUGCACUUGAAAGGGGCUCUGGAAGAGUAAACAUGCAGCUGAGAGUUGAGCAAACAGGGAAACGGCAGAUGGCUCAGGGGUUAAGGAGCACACACUGCUCUUACAGAGGACCUGAGCUCUGUUCUCAGUACCCACACAAGGCAACUCACAGCCAUCUUUCAUUCCAUACGUUCUUCUUUGGCAUAUGUAUAUACCCAUCUCACAGACAUGCAAACAUAUACAUAAUUAAAAAUAAAAUACAUUUUAAAAAUCUUUUAAUAGGGUAGUGAGAGGGGGCAGAGAAGCACAAAGCAGACAGGUCAAGGCCACUGCAGCUGAGGCUUAGAAAAGACUUUGAGCUUUUCUAAAGUGUGACCUUGACAGGUCACCAGGAAGGAACUGCAGCUCCACUCCCUCCAGCACAGGCCAUUAGCACAUUACCUGUAGCUGAUGGCUUCAUUUACAUAUGGCCCCCAAGAACCUGAGCUGCUGUUUUGAAAGUCUUGGCCUUCCCGGAUGCAUCACUGACAUGUCCUACAGGUACAAGAGGCAUCCUGAAGCAGCCAGGACGCAGGAGUACCAUCCAUCCAUCCUGUAAUCUCCAGCUCUGGUCACAUGACUAUCAUGUGACUAUUGUGAGAGCUGAUUGUUCCUGCCACAGGAUUCAUCCCUUUCUCCCAUCUAAUUGGACUGGGAGAACACCUGGUCCAUGUUGGACCAAUCAACACAUUCACCUGGAUUUGUCACUAAGAAAUGAGUCUCUACGGGUGACUUGAGAGUCAAUGUGGAAAUGUAUGAGUCUUUGGCAGCCUUAGCUUCUUCUUAUGGCCCUAGGACAGAGAAUUAGAGCGGAGAGGAAGAUGGGGGUAGACCUCCUGACUUACACAGAGAGGGUGGUGCAAACCAAGCCUGAGUUGGGAAACGGAGGGGGCAAAAAUCUGGGCAGGCUGGUGAACACCAGUGAAACUGAGUAUUUUUGAGCAAAGCUGAAGUGACAGAGGAGCAGGAAGAACUAAUGUUCCUUCCCCACACCAAUGAAUGCUGCAAAUCAGGAUAAAGCGCUUCAGAGAAUCAGUACUAUAAAGUUAUGUCAGACUGGACAAGGGUGGGGUUGGGAACUCUUCUGUGCCAGGCCAGUAUCUUGUUGGUAGGAACAUGGUCUCUUGAAAAUACUCAGCUAUGCACUGCUGUACAGAAAGGGUCAGCAAUGGAAGCAAACAAGCGAUCAGAGUUAUGUUUUAAUAAAACUUUGUUUGCAAAAAUA